AUAUGGUGGAGGUAGAUAGAGAUUAUAUUUUCCUAACCCUUGAUCACGAAUCUUUCCUCAUAGAUCAGGUGGAUGACACGAAAAAAAAGUUCGUUGCAGAAGAUCUACUCAGAAAUUAUCACAUCUUCAACCCGGCUAACAUAUGGUCCGGUGCAUCCUUCAUUGUAAGUUGGAUGACUCUGUGAAAUGUGGAGCAGUAGUUACUGUUUGUAGUUCCUACCUAUAAAACCCAUGGCGGAGAAAAAAGACUGGAGCAAGUUAUCGACAAAGGAGCUGUUGGAAAUGCUACAAAGACAAGAAAAGCUUGUCAAUAAGAAGUUCUUGCAAAGCCUACCUGACAAAGGCAAGAAGAUAAUCGAGACAGUCAAACGACUCAAGGAUCUGAUUUCUCAGAGGGAAAAGUUAGAACUUCAAGAUAUCGAUGCACAGUUUGAGAAGUUGACAGUGUCACAGCCUGUCCAAAAAACAAGAGUUGAUUUGUUAGACAGUGAUGAUAGUGAUGAUAAUGAUAGAAUACUGUCAGGCUCUGAUCAUCAAGACACUGCUAAUGUAAAUAAGCAAUCAAGUGGGAGUCAACAUGAGGAAGCAAUGGAUUCAAAGUCUUCAAGUGGAAGAACAUGGGAUUACAAGUCAGCUGCAACACCUGCAACAUAUAAGUUUGAGAUAGCGAAGCCAAUUUCAUUAGAAGAAUCCUUUAAACUUCAACAAGAACAAGAGAAAAGACGAAAGGAUCUUCAAGCUCAACAAGCAACAAUGAAGCUUAGAGAACAAAGCUAUCAGGUUGGAACAUACCACUCAAUGCAAGUUUCAAAUCCUCUUCAAUAUCAAGAAACAGUUCUGGAGAAUCACUCAAGUGAUGACAGUGACCCUGAAGAAUAUAAUGCAAGGCCCUUUAAAAUGGACAGUGAGGAUGAUGGUGACUAAAGAAACCAUAGAAAACUAUGUAUCACUGUAAGCUUAUAAAGUAUAUAUUAUGUAAAUAACAAUUUUUUUUUUACAGAUUUUGUUUUGGUAGUUAUUUACUUUGCUGAAUUACCAGCAAAACAAACUGUACAGCAUCACUCAGUAGACAGUAAGCUAACAAAGCUUUUUUCGAUAUUUGUAUUGGUUCCUGAGAAAAUCUAUCUAAGGCAAAAUAUGCAAAUCAAGAUCCCAGAUGAAAGCCCACAGCUAAAAUCAACACUCUGCUGGAGGCCUUUCCAAUAGUAACACCUUUUGCUCUUUGAACAGGUUCCCCUAGAACAUUCUUCCAGGCAUAUAUUGCAUUAUUUUUAAGAUGUCACAUUUUUUCAGAAAAUUAAACUUCACUACUUCCUCUUA